ACGGAAUGUGCCAGCGCCAAAGAUGCCGCUGCCUUAGCCCAUAGGUCGGAGGGAACUAGCGCAUCCGGCCCCUCCUCUCUAGCUCCGUGCCUGGUCCCGUUCUGUGUCCUUGGCAGGGGCAGCUCCCGCCGUGGCCAUGGCGGCUUGGCCUGCCGCACCCCUCCUCAUCAACCUCGGUGGGUCGCUGCUGGGCUUCCUAGGCACGCUCACACUGAUCCCAGCCUUUAGGGACCUCUUCCUCGCCGCACGGCUCUUCGGCGAAGACCUCAACAAGGCAUCACGGCGGCCCGUCCCCGAAGCACAGGGCGUGAUCAGCGGGGCCGUAUUCCUGAUCAUCCUCUUCUGCUUCAUUCCCGUGCCCUUCUUGAGAUGCUUCGUGGAAGAGCAGUGCAUGGCCUUUCCCCACGACGAGUUCGUGGAGCUCAUUGGUGCGCUUCUUGCCAUCUGCUGCAUGAUUUUCCUGGGCUUUGCGGAUGACGUUCUGAACUUGCGCUGGCGCCACAAGCUCCUUCUUCCUACCAUGGCUUCCCUCCCGCUGCUCAUGGUUUACUUCACCAACUUUGGGAACACGACCAUCGUGGUGCCUAAACCCUUUCGGGUGCUCCUGGGCAUGCACUUGGACCUGGGUAUCCUCUACUACGUGUACAUGGGCAUGCUAGCAGUGUUCUGCACCAACGCCAUCAACAUUCUUGCUGGAAUUAAUGGAAUUGAAGCAGGGCAGUCUCUGGUGAUAGCUGCUUCCAUUAUCAUAUUCAACCUUGUAGAGUUAAAUGGGGAUUAUCAAGAUGAUCACAUUUUCUCUCUCUACUUGAUGGUUCCUUUUUUUUUUACCACGCUGGGGCUGUUCUACCACAACUGGUACCCAUCUCGAGUGUUUGUUGGGGACACCUUCUGCUACUUUGCCGGCAUGACCUUCGCUGUGGUGGGUAUCUUGGGGCACUUCAGCAAAACAAUGCUGCUUUUUUUCAUCCCGCAAGUGCUCAACUUCCUCUACUCGCUGCCUCAACUAUUCCACGUCAUUCCUUGUCCCCGUCACCGGCUGCCGAGGCUGAAUCCUAGUACAGGAAAGCUGGAGAUGAGCUACUCCAAAUUCAAAACUAAGAGCCUCUCUGCCCUGGGAACAAACAUUCUAAAGGCAGUCAAGAUCUUGCACAUAGUGGAUGUGAGGAGUGGAACAGAUGAAGAUGGUGAAUACACCGAGUGCAAUAACAUGACACUUAUUAACUUCAUUAUAAAGCUGAUUGGACCUACUCACGAGCGAAAUCUCACUCUACUGCUGCUACUCAUUCAGGUCCUGGGCAGCAUGAUUGCAUUCUCAAUCCGGUACCAACUAGUGCGCUUGUUCUACGAUGUCUGACCAGUCUGUCAGGAGCAGGCAGAAGAGUCGUACCUGCCAGUUACUGAUAGAAAAAUUCACCUGAUUGUAGACUGGACCACCGAGAACCUCAGGACACCUGUCAAA